AUGACUAACAAAAACUUUUCAUAUGAGGUAUCUCAAGUCUCCCCCAAAGACUUUACUUUGCACUCGACUCUGCCGAUUGAGACCCAGCACAUGGUACUAGGUGAGCUGGACAUCGUUUCACUCCUUACAUCUCGACCCGAUAUUGAGCUCGUCAUGAGCACAGUCAACGCCAUGUCGAAUUACGACAAGAUCAUUCGUCAAGCGUGGAAUUUUCUGCGCAUGGCUCUGGCCAUCAAUACUGCCCAUUCUUUCACGCUUAAGCAACUCUUCGCAAAGGUAUACCAGAAGCAAUGCAGCAUCAAAGGUUGCGAAAAUCCUGCGCCAUACAUGGACAUAUUCAUACUCACCCGCUGA